AUAAACUUCAAAUACAGAGUCCUGAGAACUGAACACUUCCUUCACUAAUUCAAGACUUUCAUUCUGAUUGGAUGAUAAUCUGUGACUGCGGGUCAAUUAUUUAUUUAUUAACUUGUUCAUUAAAUUUCUGGGCACAAACACUGAAACAGAGUGAAAAGGACCGAAGUCCCGUCAGCUGAUUUAAAGAAGUUCAAAUGUAAACAAAGUUCUGUCUCCGUCUUAAACUCCACAUGAAAACGGAUCAUUUUCAGACAAGAAGCUUUAACGUCUUCUGUGGUUUAAAAAGAGGGCUGUGGAUCUGUCACGGCUGUGGAUCUGUCACGGCUGUGGAUCUGUCAUGGUUGUGGAUCUGUCACAGUUGUGGAUCUGUCACGGCUGUGGAUCUGUCAGGGUUGUGGAUCUGUCACAGCUGUGGAUCUGUCACGGUUGUGGAUCUGUCACAGUUGUGGAUCUGUCACAGUUGUGGAUCUGUCACAGUUGUGGAUCUGUCACAGCUGUGCAUCUGUCACAGUUGUGGAUCUGUCACGGUUGUGGAUCUGUCAGGGUUGUGGAUCUGUCACAGCUGUGGAUCUGUCACGUCUGUGGAUCUGUCACGUCUGUGGAUCUGUCACGGCUGUGGAUCUGUCACAGUUGUGGAUCUGCUUGGCUCUCCGGCUCUGCAGACACCCCCUACUCAAAUAAACAAUCAUCUCCAUUACAAUCAUCAGCAGAUGAUAAACGACUGGGAGGAGAAGGAGGAGGAGGAGGAGAGGAUGGACAGCUGGGACGAUGCAGCAGCACAUCUCUAUAAAGUGGUCCAGGUUUGUGGUUCCGGUGGUUUUUAAUGCUGAGAGUUUUUCUCACUGAGCAGCAGAAGUUUAAUUAAAUCUGUGGAUAAUGAAUGAAGAGUCUUUCCCUGACGGGUGAAGGUCUCCACGUCUGCUCCGGACCUUGAGGUGGCAUUAAGAGAAGAGCGAUCGGAGAAAGUCUCGGGGUGCACGCAGCCUCGAUUCGUGCCAGACAUUAAUUCAAGGUGAUGCAUCGUCUUAAUUUCUCUUAAGGUCCAGAUCCCUGAGGUGCUGAAACCGUCCAAUCAGAGCUUCUCCUUCCAAACUCUGUCGGACGUUUGAAAACAGCGGUCCAGACGGAUUUACAGGAGAAGAGAAAUAAAUAGAAACAUCCGAGGAAACGAACGACUUUGAAGAGAUUUAACCUGAGAGACGUGUCUCUACCGUGUUUUUAAGACAGCUGCCGUUUUCGGUGACGUGUCUGCAUCAGGUCUCGACCGGCUGGUUUAUGGACUUCCUGUUUGUUUGUUUGGGACAAGGACCAGUUCAACAGAGGAGAAAGAAGUGGUCCGGGUUCAGGUUCAUCUUUGACAGCCUGUGUGAAAUCAUCUCUCUCUCUCUCUCUCUCUCUCUCUCUCUCUCUCUCUCUCUCUCUCUCUCUCUCUCUCUCUCUCUCUCUCUCUCAGGUCCAGAUGGUCAGCAGCAUGAGGAUCGGUCGUAACGUAAACUACCGCAUCCUGGACAUCGACUGGUGCACGUCCGACAAGGUGGUGCUGGCCUCCGAUGACGGCUGCAUCCGGGUUCUGGAGAUGGCCAUGAAGUCCGCCAGCUACCGCAUGGACGAGCAAGACCUGACGGGUGAGUUAGACGUCCGUGUGUGUGUGUGUGUGUGUGUGUGUGUGUGUGUGUGUGUGUGUGUGUGUGUGUGUGUGUGACCAUCAUCAGGAGCGUUCAUGGAGCCGAGCAUUUGGAGUGUUUCUGCAGAAUCAGAGCAUCGGGGUAGAGACCCCGUCAGUCACCUGUCUGACAUUACAACCAGGUGCAGCGGUUCAAACGUCACGUAUGGUCCCUUUAAAGAGAGAAACAUGAGUCUAAGUCGUAUCUUGUGUCUCUGAAUCUUGUGUUUCUGAAUCUUGUGUCUCUGAAUCUUGUGUCUCUGAAUCUUGUGUGUUUGAAUCUUGUGUGUUUGAAUCUUGUGUCACUGAAUCUUGUCUCUGGAUCUUGUGUCUCUGAAUCUUGUGUCUCUGAAUCUUGUGUCUCUGAAUCUUGUGUGUUUGAAUCUUGUGUCACUGAAUCUUAUGUCUGGAUCUUGUGUUUCUGAAUCUUGUGUCUCUGGAUCUUGUGUCUCUGGUUCUUGUGUCUCUGAAUCUUGUGUCUCUGGAUCUUGUGUCUCUGGAUCUUGUGUCUCUGGAUCUUGUGUUUCUGAAUCUUGUGUCUCUGAAUCUUGUGUCUCUGGAUCUUGUGUCUCUGAAUCUUGUGUCUCUGGAUCUUGUGUCUCUGAAUCUUGUGUCUCUGAAUCUUGUGUCUCUGAAUCUUGUGUCUCUGAAUCUUGUGUCUCUGGAUCUUGUGUCUCUGAAUCUUGUGUCUCUGAAUCUUGUGUCUCUGAAUCUUGUGUCUCUGUCUCUGGAUCCAGACCCGGUUUGGUGUCCGUACCUGCUGGUUCCUCGAGCCGCUCUCACUCUGAAGGCCUUCCUGCUGCUGCAGCCGUGGUCAGGAACCUUCACCAUGGACAUCACUCAGGUGUAAGUCUCACCUCUGAGGACAGUCUAAAAUAAACGGGCCAUAAAUCACCCGGCCUUACAGUGACACACACACACACACACACACACACACACACCGCAGAGCUAAAUCAACCUGAGCCGACCUUCCUGACUCUGAGUGUUUACGGAUUCUUCAGCGGUCCAGAGAGAGGAUGAAGACCUGCGACCUCCUCCAUCCAGACUGAGCAGCAGUUUUUAAUAUCAGCUGUGGUUUUAUUUUGUCCGGACCUCCGAUGUUUGAUGUUUGAUGUCUGUGUUUCAGAGACUACAGCGAGAAAGGCGAGAUAAAAGGUCUGAUCCAGGAGCAGCUCAACUCGCUCUCAAAGUAAGUUCCUGCGCCGUCUGACAGGAGAGCGCCCCUCUGUGUUUGUGCGGCGUGUUCGCAGGAGUAUCCUCAUUUAUUUAGACUGACUCUGUUCCAGCCUUGUGAUUGGCUGUGCUCUGACCCUCUGUCUCUGAUUGGCUCCUCAGUGACAUGAAGAGCGUGUUACAGGAUCCCGAGCUCAGCCUGCUGCAGCGCUGCCUCCUGGUCUCACGGUGAGUUCAGACCUCAGCGACGGCAGGGCGGGGGGGUCUGUGUGAAAUCAGCUGUUCUGGACAUGAGUGUGGGGGGGGGGGGGGGUUGAUUUUAAAGUGACGGACGUUUCAGAGGCGGGUCAGAAGGAGGUCUGAAUCGUCCUGAGAGCAGACACACUCUCAAAGAACACGUGAAGGACGUUUCCAUCGGAGGGUUAAACUCCGAGUUAAACUCCGAGUUAAACCUGAGUCUUCCUCUGAACUCUGAGACUCUGAGGUGAGCUGGUUCCUGCAGGUCUGACCUCUGACCAAGACUCUGCCCCCCUGACAUCAGAGAACCUGGACCAGACCUCCUGACUUAUUAGACCUCCUGACUCAUUAGACCUCCUGACUGGGGUUAAAGCAGAGAGAUCACGGUGACGUCCCUCCUCAUGUCCGCCUAAGUUUUUGUGCGAUAGAGAAAGAGACGAGGUUACCUAGCAACAGCUGCGUGCACGCUCAGAGGUGUUAAAGGAGACAAAGCUGCUGAGGGAGGAGUGGGCCGAAGAUUAACGGACUCUGUUUGCUCUGCAGAGUCCGUUUAAGAUCCAGAGACCCUAAUGUCCUCUCCGCGGUGUCUUUGUAACCCUCAGGCUGUUCGGGGACGAGUCAGACCUUCACUUCUGGACCGUGGCGUCUCACUACCUGCAGUCGUUCGCUCAGGCCCGUCAGCUGAGCGUGUCGUCUGCAGAGGGUCAGACCCAGACAGAAGGGACCCAGUCGUCUCCGCAGAACCACCUGGACAUCUGCCACGACGUCCUGUGUGAGAGCUCGUACUUCCAGGUCAGUGAAGACUGAGGAGAGACGGCGGACGCUGUCCCAGGAGUCUUUGAAGCCAACAUAUAUAUAUAUAAUAAAUCAUCUUUUUAAAAGGUUUACUAAAGUGCUGCUCAGUGAGAUUCAGAGAACAGACAGAAAAACAUCAAGAGGAGAAAAAUAAGAGCAGGUCAAAAACAUGAAUGAUCAAAUAAAUGAGAUAAAAACACAAAAAAAGAAAUAAAAGAGAUAAAAGAAAUAAAAGAGAUAAAAAAAUAAAAAAAAUAAAAUAGAUAAAAGAAAUGAAAGAAAUAAAAGAAAUAAAAGAUAAAAGAGAUAAAAGAAAUAAAAGAAAUAAAAGAAAUAAAAGAGAUAAAAGAAAUAAAAGAAAUAAAAGAGAUAAAAGAAAUAAAAGAGAUAAAAGAAAUAAAAGAGAUAAAAGAAAUAAAAGAGAUAAAAGAGAAAAGAAAUAAAAGAGAUAAAAGAAAUAAAAGAGAUAAAAGAAAUAAAAGAGAUAAAAGAGAAAAGAAAUAAAAGAGAUAAAAGAAAUAAAAGAGAUAAAAGAAAUAAAAGAGAUAAAAGAGAUAAAAGAGAUAAAAGAAAUAAAAGAAAUAAAAGAGAUAAAAGAAAUAAAAGAAAUAAAAGAAAUAAAAGAGAUAAAAGAAAUAAAAGAGAUAAAAGAUAAAAGAAAUAAAAGAGAUAAAAGAAAUAAAAGAGAUAAAAGAAAUAAAAGAGAUAAAAGAAAUAAAAACAAAAAAUAAAAGAGAUAAAAGAAAUAAAAGAGAUAAAAGAAAUAAAAUAGUAAAAAGAAAUUUUAAAAAAGCGUGAGAGUUUGUGUGAUCUCUUUUAUUUCUUUUAAGACGUGAUUUAAAAGGAGAAAGAGUCAGACAUGUUUUCAUCUUCGAUCACCUCGGGGUUUCAAACGAGUUUUAGGGACGAGGAGUCGAUCAGCUGACCUGAAGGAACAUUGAAGAGGUCAGAACUGUGGUUCUGAUCCACACACACACACACACACUCACACACACACUUUAACCUGUGAUGGACCCCCUUAUUGAACCCCUCCUCAGGUCGUCCCAGUCUGUUUAGUUUUCCUCUCAGUGUCAUAAAGGCGACUCUCGUACCGGCAGGACGGAUCAAUGACCCCACCCCACAGUUCCCCCAA